AUGUUAGGAAUGCAAACAAACAACCAAAAAUAUACUUUGAGUACUCAACCGAUCAUGAUUUCAAAUACACCAAACAAUACUUCACCAAACAAUACGUUGAAGCCCAUGAUAUCAAGAAGUAACACCGAAGAAGAUCUCAGUGAAAUGAGCCAAUUGGAAGAAUUAAGAGUUGGAAGUAUUGUUGUCCGUUCUGAAUUCAAUGACCUCGAUGCUGAACAACAAUCAACCCAAAUCCUUGAACGUUUCAACAAGAAUGUAAAGGGUACUGCUUUCACAGACUCUCCAGUACUUGGUCGUGCCCUUUCUCGUUUGGACGUUCAAUAUUGGGCUCUUGGUCAUCGUAAUCAAGUUGCUGAAUUGUUUGAUCCACGUGGUGCUCGUUUUGGUAUCGUCUACACUGCUGAUCCAACUACCACCAUUAAAUUCAUCGGUUCCGUUCAAAAGACUGAUAACUUCUUUGGUGCUCAUGGUAAAUAUGUCCUUCAAGUACCAGCCGGUCAUUAUGCUUUGGCUACCAGUAAGAACAGACCAGUUAUGUAUGGUGAAGGUCCACAUGUCAUCAUUGAUCCAACCUUUGUCUUUAACGAGGGUAUUGGAUUUGUCAACCAACAAGAACCAUACAUCCAACACUCAACCAUUCACAUCUUACGUGUACCAGCUGGUAAGAUUGCCAAGGUUUGGAUUGGAACUCAACCAUUCAUCAUCGAGUCGCGUCGUGAACCAUAUGUCUUUGUUGACCCACAAUUCCGUCUUGUAUCUCCGGAGGGCGCCCGUAAAACCAAUCUCUUUUACAAUGCUACCGAUUCUUAUAUCGAACAUGGUUCCAUCAAACGUAUUAUCCCACACACUGGUGAGGUAGCUAUCACCUACAACAAUGGUAUCCUCCAAAUCAUCCAACCACCAAAGGAUAGCCAUCCAAUCAUCAUCAACUCUGCCACCCAUAUGUUUGAGGCAUUCAUCCCAACCUCUCUUCAAACUUGUCUUUUCCCAUCAAAGGAGACCAAGGCUCAAGCUGCCUCUGAAUACAAGGGUGCCACCUCUGAUGAAAUCAAUCUCAAGAUCUUCCAAACUCGUGACUCACUCCGUGUCGGUGUUGUCUUGGUUGUUGCAUUCAAGAUUAUUGAUCCAGAACUCGCCAUCACCAAGCUCGGUAAGGAAGGUAUCAUUAACCAUAUUGAAAAUGUAUCGUUUGCCGAUAUGGGUAAAGCUAUCCAAUUGUCCACCCUUCAAGAGGUCAUGUACUUCCACAAUACAAAGCCCUCAAAGAAAACCGAAAACAGCCACGAAGAAGCCAUCCAAACCAUUCAAGAUCGUGUAAAGGGUAACCUUGCCAACGAUCUCCUCGAAUAUGGUAUUGAAUUAUGUCGUCUCCAAAUUGAAACCAUCAAGGUUAUCGAUGCUGACAUUGCCAAAAAGUUGGCAGGUCAAUCAAUCACCUCUGCCGAGUAUACCACCAAACAAGCCACCCUUGUCAAGGAAUAUGAUAUCAAGACCACUGAAGCCAAGCUCAAGGCCGAGACUGAUAACAUUGCUCUUACUCAAAGAAAUCAAGCUAUUGUCUCUGAAGCUCAAGCUAAACUCCUUUCUUCACAAAGAGAUGCCGAUGCACUCCUCAUCGCUGCCGAUGCCCAAAGAAAGGCUCAAGAAAUGCUUGGUGAGUUGUACACCAAGUUCCCAUGUCUUCUCGAACUUGAAAUGGCCAAGAUCAAAGCCAAGGCACUCCAAGGAGCACAUCUCUAUGUCUGUCCAAGUGAUGCUGGUAGCUUUUUAUCAAGUCCAAUUGCCUAUUUCGAUCAACUCAACCAAAACAAUAACAAACUUGACAAGAAAUCAAUUGAUAAAUAA